AUGCAAGGCAGGAGGACGCAAUGCAGGAGGAGGCAACGCAGGAGGACGCAAGGCAGGAGGACGCAGCGCAGGAGGACGCAGCAUAGGAGGACGCAAGGCAGGAGGACGCGCGCAGGAGGACGCAAUGCAGGAGGACGCAACGCAGGAGGACGCGGCGCAGGAGGACGAGGACGCAAGGCAGGAGGACGCAAGGCAGGAGGACGCGGCGUAGGAGCACGCAAGGCAGGAGGACGCAAGGCAGGAGGACGCGGCGCAGGAGGACGCAACGCAGGAGGACGCAGCGUAGGAGGACGCAACGCAGGACACAAGGCAGGAGGACGCAACGCAACAGGACGCAGCGUAGGAGGAUGCAAUGCAGGAGGACGCGGUGUAGGAGGACUCAACGCAGGAGUACGCAAUGCAGGAGUACGCAACGCAGGAGGACGACGCAAGGCAGGAGGACGCAAAGCAGGAGGACGCGGCGCAGGAGGACGCAAGGCAGGAGGACGCAAGGCAGGAGGACGCGGCGUAGGAGCACGCAAGGCAGGAGGACGCGGAGCAGGAGGACGCGGCGCAGGAGGACGCAACGCAGGAGGACGCAAGGCAGGAGGACGCAGCGUAGGAGGACGCAACGCAGGACACAAGGCAGGAGGACGCAACGCAACAGGACGCAGCGUAGGAGGAUGCAACGCAGGAGGACGCGGUGUAGGAGGACUCAACGCAGGAGUACGCAACGCAGGAGUACGCAACGCAGGAGGACGCAAGGCAGGAGGACGCAGCGUAGGAGGACUCAACGCAGGACACAAGGCAGGAGGAUGCAACGUAGGAGGACUCAACGCAGGACACAAGGCAGGAGGACGCAACGCUGGAGUACGCAACGCAGGAGGAUGCAAGGCAGGAGGAUGCAACGCAGGAGGACGCGGUGUAGGAGGACGCAACGCAGGAGUACGCAGCGCAGGAGGACGCAGCAUAGGAGGACGCAAGGCAGGAGGACGCGCGCAGGAGGACGCAAUGCAGGAGGACGCAACGCAGGAGAACGCGGCGCAGGAGGACGCGGCGUAG